AUGGGAAUCUUUGGGGGCGUCGGGGAUGACAUCUGCUUCUUUCCCCCUUAUCUGAGCGUUAAUGCGUCGUACCCCGAGGCCUAUGACAUGAAUAACAGCGUUGCCCCAAGGAAAAUAGCACGCGACACAUGCGGCUCAUUGGUCCUCAAGGGCUAUUCACGCCGUCGCUUUUCACCGCUCUGCAGGUUAGAAGUUCACCGAUCUCCGGUGGAUGGUGGGGAUAACAUCGGAAGCUAA